GCUUGGGGGCGAUUACAGUACGAGUACAUCCCCGGCGACACAUGGUUCGACCUGGUCCACCUGGUCCGUAUGCAUGUGAUGAAGGGGUUGCGUGCUCGCCUGUUAUCGAGACAUGGGAAUCCAUGCUCAUACUGUAUCCAACGUCCCCACUGAUUCAGACACUCGAAGUCCAUCAUCCUGGAUUUCCGUCCCUGUAUCGGAGGAUCAGUAACCAGUUCGCGAUAGCGUGGCAGCGAUGUGCGACGUGCGAUGAGUCGGGUCAAGGACUCAAGGACCCCGUCUGGUCGUGCGCGGACGCUUGUCUUGGGCUGGGUUAGCAGGCAUUCCCAGGGCACGCCGGCCUGGGGCUAGCAUGUAUUGUCGGUAAAGUAUAUGUUUGAUAACAUCUCCGCACUUUUUUUUGGUGUGUGUGUUCUGUUCUGGCUUCAGUUUUGCUCUUCGUGGGUUUUACGUUCAGCGAUCGAUCUCUCUACCAAUCUACCAGGUCUAAAAGAUUGUCGUUUCGUCUGAUCUGGCCUUGGUCCACAGACUGGUUUACGCUCUUUAGAUUGUGGGUGUUGCUUGACAUCCUGUAUAUGUCUCGCUAGGUGUGGGGUAUCUUGCUCUUGAGGGAAUUCGGACUGGGACGACUGCGUCGGUUCAACCUGUUUGAGAUAUCAAGAUGGCUUUGUCUCUACUGGCUGAAUCUUGGACUUGGUACGCAUUCGCGUGCUUGAUUGUCAUCACCAGAUACAUUUCGAGAUAUCUUCAGUUAGGCAGUAUCAAGAACUUCCAACCCGAAGACUAUGUUAUGAUCUGGGUAUUUGCAUUCUACACAGUGCUCGUUGCUACCAUGAAUAUCGUCGCCCAUCUAGAUACGAAUCUUAUGUUGCCUGAAGAUGUAAUUACACUCACGCCCGAAUCCAUCCAGUCACGGAUCCGAGGAUCGAAACUCGUGCUUGUUGUCGAACAGUCCAUGAUUAUGACACAAUGGGGCUGCAAGAUCUGUCUGCUACUACUGUAUAACAAGUUGACCUUUGGCCUCAAGCAACAACUCGCCGUCAAGAUUGUCGGCGCAUAUGUUGUAAUUACGCUCAUUGUUAUGGAAAUACUCUACCUGGGGGUUUGGUGCCGUCCGUUCAGUGGGUAUUGGAAAGUUCCUGUUGAGAAUGUUCAAUGCUCUGCUGCUAUUCACCACCUGAUUACUAACGCCGUCUUCAACAUUACAUCUGAUGUCAUGAUGCUGUGCAUUCCCCUUCCCCUGCUCAUUGCCUCGCAACUGCCCAAAGCAAACAAGCUCAUCCUCUGUGUACUCUUCAGUCUCGGAGUCUUCGUCGUAUGUUCGCCCUCCUCCUCUCUACCAGAUCCAAAACCAAAAUCAUACACAGAAAAGACGUCAACGCUAACCCUCGUCUCCUCAGAUCCUCUGCGCCGUCCUCAACAAAUACUACUCCUUCGCGCAACCCUUCUCCCCAAUGUGGACCUUCUGGUACAUCCGCGAAGCCUCCACCGCCGUCUACGUGGCCAACAUGCCCAUGUGCUGGUCCCUCAUGCGCCGGCUCUUCAAGCUCCGCGCCUUCAACGGCAUCUCCUCGGGCGGACGCUCGCGCUCGCGCUCCAAAUCCGCACCCAUAGCAACGACGUACACUGGCGUGGGCGGCUCGCGCAUGGGCACGACAUCGAAGGUCCAGGCGUCGGUGCUGGGGAGUAGGAUCGAUAGGAGCGAGAAUUCGGGGAAGAGCGGGGGCGGCGGCGGGAAUUGGUGGGAGAGUAGUAGUAAGAAUGAUGGGGGGACGAGGUUGGGGAGGACGGAGAGUGAGGAAUAUAUUGUUGGGAGGGGCGAUGCGAACGGUAGUGCGGGGGGCAGGGGGAAUGCGGUCCCGUUGGAGAUUUGGGAGAGUAGGGAUGUGACGGUCGACCGGGGAAGUGUGAUGGAUCAGCCGGGGAGGAGUGUAACUACCGUGUCUGGAGCCGGUGGGAUGGGGAUGAUGGGGAUGGGGAUGGGGAUGGGGAUGGGGAUUGGCAAGUCGAAGAGUGGGAGGAAUGCGGGGGGCGGGAAUGUGGAUAUGGGGAUGCGGACAGGAAUGUACGAUGGGAGUGGGAAGGAGUACGAGACGAGGACGACGGUCACGGCUGUGGGGAGCGGGAGGAAGAGUGAGAGUGGGAGUUCGAGGAGUUUGAGGAUGUGAGUGAACAGCAUCCAGUCUUCCAAUACGAAAGAGAAGGAGGAAGUGUACGGAUGCAUGUCUACAUGUGCAAAUGAGCGCGCGCCGCGUGGAUACCUUGCUUUUUCGGCACAUGGGGCGCAUCACGAGUGGUACACUGGGUUAUGAAGAUCGCUGGCAUGGGAGGGAGGAAGUCCUUUUGCAGCACACGUAUGUAUAUAGCCACGCUCGACGUUGGCUUGUAAUGAUUAUUAUGGCAUGUCCUGUACUUUAAGGUAUGAAGAAAGGAAGGAACUGCUGAGGCAGGGGAUGAGACUCUGGUCUGUGGGUUACAGUACAAUACCAUUUGAGCACGUUUGAAUUUG